UAUAAAUGCUAAGCCGAAGCGGUGGUAGCACGCAUCCGCCGAACGAAGCCUCCAGUGUUUCGUCAUCACAUCCUUCGAGUUGGUGGUGGAGGCUGUUCGUUGCAUCGAUUUGUAUUCGUUAUUUAGGGUUUCGCAAGUUUCAGAUUCGAGAAUCUGUGGCCGUGAGACGGCAUGGCGGACGAGAAUCCAUCAGAUGUGAAGGAGGAGGUUUCGGAGUUGGCCCCCUUUGAUCCGACCAAGAAAAAGAAAAAGAAGAAGGUUGUUCUUCAGGACUCUGCUGAGGUGGUGGAUAAAUUAGCCGAGAAAACGGAGAAUUUAACUGUUGCUGACUCGGGUGAGCCUAGUUUUGCUGGCAUGAAGAAAAAGAAGAAGAAACAGGUUGACACUAACUUUCUGAAUGAUGAAAAUGGUGAUGUGGUAGAUGAUCAGACUGGUGAUCAAGUUGGCGGGGAGGACGAAGGAGAAGGCAUCGUCCUUGGGGUUGGUCGAUACCCUUGGGAAGGAACUGAUCGUGAUUAUAAGUAUGAAGAGCUUCUGGGUAGGGUGUUUAAUAUUUUGCGUGAGCAUAACCCUGAUCUUGCUGGAGACAGGCGUAGAACUGUGAUGAGGCCUCCACAAGUUCUUAGAGAAGGAACAAAGAAGACAGUUUUUGUUAAUUUUAUGGAUCUAUGCAAAACGAUGCAUAGGCAACAUGAGCAUGUUAUGAAUUUCUUACUUGCUGAAAUGGGGACAAAUGGGUCUCUUGAUGGGCAGCAGAGAUUGGUUGUCAAGGGAAGAUUUGCACCAAAAAAUUUUGAGGGCAUCCUCAGAAGAUAUGUCAAUGAGUAUGUCAUAUGCAAUGGCUGCAAAAGUCCGGAUACGAUACUUUCAAAGGAAAAUCGUUUGUUCUUUCUUCGCUGUGAACAGUGCGGCUCUUCACGAUCGGUUGCACCCAUCAAGGCUGGUUUUGUUGCACUCGUUGGCCGCCGAAAAGCUGGCACCUGAUUUCCAUCUCCCCAGUGUUGCUGCUGUUCUUCAACGUUUUACACAGACAGCGAGGAGGCUGCAGUCUGGUCUUCGGAUCCUGUGGGAACGUAUUCUUAUGUCAUCGGAAACCGAGGGCAAUUUGUAGCAGGAACUCGAGUAAUAAACUGACUGUCGAAACUAGUUUUGUGCUGUGCCAAUUUGUGUUUGCUUUUUGCUCGAUCUCGUUUUGCUACUGCUAGUUUCAGACUUGAGCACGAUUUGGAGGAACAUGUAAUGCUACUUUGGUUUAGGGCAUGCCAAUCCCAAAGUUAACAAGAAUUGUGCGUGCCCAUCAUUGUUAUUAACAUGCUUUUAACAUGAUGCUCGAUUGUCUCUA